AUGUCUUCCAGAAUCACUCGCUCAGCUGCCAGGCUUGCUACAGACCCUCCUUCCACUGAAACCGGUCCACAAAAUCCCACUGCUACCCCGGCUUCUCGCAAACGCAAAGUACCGACACGUCGAGAUCCACAACUAGACGCCCAAAACUCGCCUACGGCCCCUUCGCCCCCACGACGAUCGAAGCGACAGCGAACUGCAGCACCUCAGUCAGCUCCUGCUGUCCCUGCUGCCCCUGCUUCCCGUCGAGGUGCUCGUCGCUCAGUCAUGUCACAACCUGGACCAUCUUCUCGUCCAUCAGAGGAUUCAAAAUCCACCACUCCGCCGCCUCCCUCUAGACGGAAAUCUAGUCGAAAUGAUCGACUUGCCACAACACAGUCUCCACCGCCACGGCGACAGAAGAAGCGGUCUGCAAAAUCAAAUCCCGAUGUCGUAAUGCGAGACGCCGAGGAGGAUGUGGAAGAGCAAGAUAACAAGGAAGAGCAGGAAGGUUCACCAACAGGCGAUAGCAAUGACGGAACCAACCCUUCGGCGUUUGACGAUGAGGAUUUGGAUUCAUUUCAUAGCAGCCUUUUCGGAGGCCGAGGUGCCAUGGGCCUACAAAGUACACUUCGUGCUCUUACCGGCAUGAUGUCCGGAAUGUCCUCGCGACUUCGAGACAUGCUCUGUAAUCUGAGACAGAAGGAUAACCCUUCGGUCCAAUUGAUCGCCCUCCAAGAGCUGUCAGACCUCUUGCUUGUCUCCAACGAAGACAAUCUUUCCGGCCAAUUUUCUCCUGAUCCAUAUGUGAAGGAACUGGUCACUCUAAUGCAGCCAAACCAGUUUGGUGAAGAGAACGCGGAGAUUAUGCUGCUUGCUUGCCGCUGCCUUGCCAACCUGAUGGAGGCCCUUCGAGGAUCUGUAGCCAACGUGGUCUAUGGAGGUGCUGUCCCAAUCUUGUGCCAAAAGCUCUUGGACAUUCAGUUUAUUGAUCUCGCUGAACAAGCGCUCAGCACAUUGGCGAAAAUUUCGGUAGAUUUCCCGGCUUCGAUCGUGCGAGAGGGGGGUUUGACGGCAUGUCUGACAUACUUGGACUUCUUCCCCACAAGUACUCAGCGCACCGCCGUUACAACUGCCGCAAAUUGUUGCCGCAACCUCCCCCAUGACUCUUUCCCUGUAGUGAGGGAUGUGAUGCCGACUUUGUUGAAUGUCCUAUCCAGCAAUGAUCCCAAGGUGGUUGAGCAAGGAUGUCUCUGUGUCUCGCGCAUCGUAGAAAGUUUCAAGUAUCGCCCUCAAAAUUUGGAGGAGUUGAUUGAGCCUGCCAUGCUCAAGGCGGUUCUUCGUCUUUUGCUGCCAGGUACUACCAACCUGAUCGGUUCUCACAUUCAUACUCAAUUUCUACGUGUGCUGGCAAUUGUCUGCAAGGCCAGCCCUCGUCUGUCCAUUGAGCUCCUGAAGAUGGACGUUGUCGAUACUCUUUACCAGAUUUUGACCGGUGUAUCACCCCCUGAGGAUGUUGACAGCACGGCUGUCAAGAUGGACAGCGUUCUUGUUAUGCAAGCAUUGAUCCAUCGACCUCGUGAGCAAGUGUUUGAGGCACUCAAUGUCAUUUGCGAACUACUCCCAGGUGCUCCCAGUCGCGAGGCAUCUCGGGCUGAUAAUUUGCUUAGCUCCUACUUCGACAGCAGUAUGUCUAUCGGCUUGAAACCAACAAAGGUAAAAGAGAAUCCCGCCGAGAGACGGGAAUUGCUGGAAGACUGCAAACCAGAACUCAAGCGAUUUGCAACCAUCCUGUUUCCCACCCUAACCGACGCGUACUCGAGUACAGUCAAUCUCCAUGUUCGCCAGAAAGUUCUCAUUGCGCACUUGAAAAUGCUUCAUAUCCUCGAGCCAAGUUUGAUUGAAGAUGCUCUGCGUACAGUCCCAUAUGCUUCAUUCCUGGCCUCCAUUCUCUCACAAAAGGAUCACCCGUCUCUGGUCUCCUUGGCACUUCGAUGCGCUGAGCUGUUGUUCCAGCGCCUAGAACAUGUCUAUCAGCAUCAAUUCCACCGCGAGGGUGUUAUCUCUGAAAUUACCAAGCUAUCCACGGGAAACCUCUCUACCGAUGAAGAUGCUCACCAGACCAUCAGUGGAAACAAAGGGCCGACCGAAGCAUCCUCUGAUGUCGAUAUGGACGCCGAUAAUGCACCAAACAAUAAUAAUAAGAACGAGGAUUCGGACGAGGACCCAGAGAAUGAGGAUGAAGAUGAUGCUGAUGAAGAUAACGAUGACCUUUCUGAAUCAGAGACAUCAUCUAUCUCUGGUCAUCAAUCUUUGGCAAAGCUGGACAACGCUCUAAAUGACCUUGUCAUUCGAGAUGCUCAGGCUUUUCUUCAAAUCUACGAAGCGGGACAUGGAGACUCAGUGCGAAAGGAAGCCCAGAAGAUCCUUGAUGACCUUCAAUCCCUGGCGACUAAGAUUCGCGAGUGUUAUUCCCCCCAUGGGGACAAGAAGGGACUUCCUCUCUUCAAAACUCUGGCUUCUUACUUUGACGGAGAUGCGUUGGAGAGCAUCACUAGUUCUGAACUUUUGAACUCGGGAAUUAUCGAGGUUCUUCUUGAAGUCCUGACUGACUUUAAGGCACCGUGUAUUAAGUAUGCACGAUCUGCUUUCUUGCAGGCCUUCAUGGGUUCAACAAUCUCGGAGAAGGCUCAGAGCCAAAGCACCGCAACCACGCCAUUUAGUGUGCUUAUUCGGAAGCUUCAAGAUCUGCUUAGCCGGACCGAGCAUUUUGAGGUACUUACCGUGAGCCAUAAUUCUCUAGAGAACACUCGCACCAAUGCUACAUAUAUGCUUGGAAAACAGCUUAGAUUGAAGCUUGUUGCCGAGGAUGGAACUGACGUUCCUCGUCCUUACAAAAACCUUAUGGUGUCGAUUCACGCUAUUGCCACAUUCAAGGCGCUGGAUGAUUUCCUCCAGCCGCGAAUUGCGGUGUCGGAUCGACCGCGACAGUCUCGUACUAGGGAUUCGAUCCUCUCCCAGAUUGCGCAAGCAGCACGCAUGCGUGACCAACUCGCCUCAGAAGCCUCACCAAGACAUCCAUCGGCUGCAAACCGACCUGCUCGCAACGCAGGAGCUACUGGAAAUCUGAACGAAGACCAUGAAAGCAAUGAUACUCAGGCGGCUCCAGCCACCCGAAGUCACCAGCACAUGCCAUUCCAGCAAGAAGACGAAGAGCAAGAUGACGAACCCCUGGAGUGUGCCGAUGAGAGACAGAUCACCGAUGAUGAAGAGGAAGACGCAGAGGACGCGGAAGAGGAUGAGGAGCUCAAUGCAAUUGUCGAUGAUCUUGAUGAUGAUCUUGAAGACGAUAACGUGCAUGAUCCGACCGCCGUAAAUAUGGAGGUCGCCUCCUCCGGCAAGGUCACGGCACGAAAGGAGGACGGUACUCGAGUAGGCACCCCGUCGCACUCAACCCCGUCAUCCAAGCCUUCUGCUUCGGCCCCAGGACCUGCACCCACUGCGCAAAGCUCACUGGCCACUGCCGGGCGUCCAUUCUCAUCCUACGCGGCAGCUAUGGCUUCAAUCCCUCAGGAUUGGCACAUUGAAUUCUGUGUCGAUGGCAAACCAAUUCCCAGCGACACUACUGUUUACCGUGCUGUGCACCACAAUCGGGAGCACAUCAACGAGGCCAAGGUCAAAAAUGUCUGGUCUGCUGUUCAUACUGUGACGUACAGACGUGUGCCUGGUCCACCGCCGCCAGAGCCGUCUAGUCUUACUGGUUCCGGACAAGAAGCUUUGUCCAGUGCUGAUGGCCUUGAAAUGCCUUCAUCUCUGAGCAAAGACGCCACAACGGCAUCGAUCCUGCGUCUGCUUCGUGUUUUGCAUGAGAUGAAUGCAACAAUCGAUGACAUAUUGAUGGAUGCUCGGGAACAUGCCAACAUCACUCCAGAGCCGUUAGCCCAGUUUAUCAAUACAAAGCUUACUGCCAAAGUGAACCGCCAGUUGGAGGAACCAUUGAUUGUGGCAAGCAGCUGCCUUCCAAGCUGGAGUGAAGACCUAGCUCGAUUAUUCUCGUUCCUGUUCCCAUUCGAGACCAGGCAUCUCUUCUUGCAGUCAACAGCAUUCGGCUACUCUCGUGCUAUGACCAGGUGGCAAAACUCACAAAGUGCUGAGGAUAGUCGGCGUGAUAUGCGACGUGAUGAUCGGCCGUUCCUUGGUCGACUGCAGCGUCAAAAGGUGCGUAUCUCUCGAGCUCGCAUCCUGGAGUCUGCCAUGAAGGUCAUGGAGCUUUACGGGUCCUCCCCAAGUGUCCUUGAAGUGGAGUAUUUUGAAGAAGUUGGAACUGGGCUGGGUCCCACUCUCGAGUUUUACUCCACUGUCUCGAAGGAGUUCUCGAAGAAAAAGCUCAAAAUCUGGCGUGAAACCGACGGCACCUCUUCUCCUGAUUACGCAUUCGGGAAACGCGGUCUUUUCCCGGCUCCAAUGAGCGAAGAACAAGCGUCAUCGGAUGCCGGCAAGAAACAAUUGAAUAUUUUCAAGGUUCUUGGAAAGUUUGUCGCUCGUUCCAUGCUUGACUCGAGAAUUAUCGAUGUCUCCUUCAACCCAGCAUUCUUCCGCAUUGCUGACACACUUUCCUCCGUCGCGCCAUCUCUGGGAACAAUCAAGGCUGUGGAUGAAGGCUUAGCCAAGUCUCUGGGCAUGCUCAAGCAGUUUGUCAAAGCCAAGGUCGCAAUCCAAGAGGACAGGACCCUUUCCCAGCAAGACAAAUCUAAAGCAAUUCAGAACAUAGUGGUGGAUGGUGUCCGGGUCGAGGACUUAAGUCUGGAUUUCACCUUGCCCGGUUACCCGUUGAUCGACCUAGUCCCAGGUGGUUCCGAUAUUUCUUUGACUAUUGAGAACGUUGACCAAUAUAUCGAACGUGUCAUUGAUAUGACCCUAGGGAGCGGUGUUCGCCAUCAAGUCGAGGCUUUCCGUGCUGGGUUCUCUCAAGUCUUCCCAUUUACUGCUCUCCGUGCUUUCACCCCCAGUGAACUUGUUAUGCUUUUCGGACAAGCCGAUGAGGACUGGUCAAUUGAGACCCUGAUGGACUCCAUCAAGGCGGACCAUGGAUUCAACAUGGACAGCAGGAGUGUUCGAAACCUGCUUCAGACCAUGAGCGAAAUGGAUAAUCAGCAGCGCCGCGAUUUCCUUCAGUUUGUUACUGGUAGCCCCAAACUCCCCAUCGGUGGCUUCAAAAGUCUCACCCCCAUCUUUACGGUAGUGUGCCGUCCGAGCGAACCCCCAUACACACCCGAUGAUUACUUGCCUAGUGUCAUGACCUGCGUGAACUAUCUCAAACUCCCGGACUAUAGCAGUCUGAAGGACCUGAAGAGCCGACUAUCUGUUGCUAUCAAGGAAGGCCAAGGCGCCUUCCACUUGUCUUAG